AAAACCAUCAGCCAUUUCCAGACCUCACCACUUUCCUCAUCAUCUUCUCAUCCACAAUACAGCCCAGGGGUGACCUGAACCUUUUGAACACCAUUGAAAAAUAAUGGCUAAAAUGAUGGAACUAUUGGUGGUGAUGACAGUGUUUCUGUCAGCUGUAAGUAAUGUAGAUGCAACAUCAUACACAGUUGGGGAUAGUUCUGGCUGGAAUACACCUUCUAAUGGAGAUUCUACUUACACUGCUUGGGCCAACCAGCACCAGUUUGUCACCGGAGAUAUUCUAGUAUUCAAUUUCAACACCGGACUACACACGGUGGCUACAGUGAACAACAAGAACGAUUAUGACUCAUGCAACGCCGCAAAUGCAAACAUCCAAAAUAACAGCCCGGCAAGUAUUCCACUAAAUUCUACCGGCGUCCACUACUUCUUUUGCACAGUCCAUUGCUCCCAGGGUCAAAAGCUGACGGUCAACGUUGGUUCCACUAAUAAUAAUAACGGAUCGCCACCGCCGCCGCCGGGAACCAGCCCUUCUCCGGGCUCUAAUAAUUCGUCUCCUCCCCCACCUCCGCCGCCACCGUCUGCCGCCACUAGUGCAACUUUUUUUUCCGGCCUAAUAAUUUUGCCAGUUUUGUUGGCAGUGUUGUGAUAGAUGA